AUGAGUAUGAGGCGCGAAACGCGAAACGCAAACCCUAACCUGAUAAUUGACAUUGAUGGUGAUGUCACGGCGUCCACGCGUUUCGAGGCGCAUGCUUACACUCUCACGCCGGCUACUGAUCGUCCUGGUUCUGCUUAUAGAAGACGCGGCGAAGGACGUGGAAGAGGGCGCGGUAGAGGGCGCGGUAGAGGCGGGCGCGCACAGGACACUUCGUUCAACCAUUCCAAUACCCCGAACGCAGUGCUUCAGGCUCCUGAGAAUAUAGCAGUCCUCGCACUCCCACUCGGCCACCAUACUUACCUCCACGAGACGGUUCAGGCUUUCACGAACGCGCUCCUCAUGACGGAGCCCGCCAUACCGGGACUCGACCGUUCGGUCAUCAUCCCCGCACGCAGGCUACACCUCACGCUCGGCGUCAUGUCGCUCGAUGCCGAGCCCACAUCUCGGACACUGGACGGCGCGCUCGCAUUGCUGCACCAGGUGCGACCGCAGGUGAUGCAGUUGCUGAACGGCCAGAAGCUGCGCGUCGCAUUCCGAAGCAUGGACAUUAUGAAGCCGGAACGAGGUGAUCUGGAGCGGGCGCAUGUAAUGUGGGUGGGCCCAUCUCCGGAAGAUAACUGUGCGCGACUGUUGAAGAGCGUUGCCGGCUACGUGCUGGGCAAUCGCCCUUUAAAACCGCGCGGAAAGAUCCGCCAGCCGUUCUCGUAUGCCUCCGUACUGAAUUCAAGCGCGCUGCGGUCAAUUGCGAUCGAGCGUUCUGAGACCGCGAACGUAGUAGAGCCUCAGGCACCCACGAGGGGCCCCAUGCGGGUGAACUUGGGCGAGUGGGACGUUGAAGAUAUUCAAAUAUGCGAGAUGGGAAGCUGGGGGCCAGAAGGGGAAUAUGUUGGCAAGAAGAAGGCGCAAGCUGUGUAUGCUUCGUGGGCGGAGUGGCCGUAG